AUGGGCCGCAAAGGAGUGUCGCUUCAAGAGAAGCGCGAGCGCAUCCUGCACAUUUACCACGAGUCGAAAGAAGUGUUGAACCUCAAGGAAGUCGAGAAGCUUGGUGCAAAAGCUGGCGUCGUACUGCAAACAGUUAAGGACGUGAAUCAAGCAUUGGUCGACGAUACCCUGGUCGACUGUGAUAAGAUCGGGUCUGGAAACUACUUUUGGUCGUUCCCUUCCAAGUUCUCGCAGUCGAGGAAGCGCGUGCUCAGUGAACUGGAACAGCGUCGAGAGACCGUGCAAGGCAAACUUGUUGAAGUGGACAGACGCAUCGAAGAGCAGAAGGCGCUCCGUCCGGAAUCCGAGGAGCGUGUGCGGAAGCUACGUCGACUCGAAGAGCUAAAUGCCACAUUGCAGACUUUACGCACCAAGGUGCAGCACUUGGAGGAGAACGAUCCAGCGAUCCUGGAAAAGCUCGAGCAAAGUGUGCGUGUGGCAAAAGAAGGCUCGGACCGAUGGACAGACAAUGUGUACACCCUGAAGGCUUGGGUCGUCAACAAGCGUGGAGUCGAGGGCCGAGAGGUCGACAAAUGGCUCGGCGUCAAGGACGAUUUCGACUACGUCGAGUGA